AUGGAGUAUCUACAGUUCCUGGGUGAAUUGUCUCAUAAUCCCUACAAUCCGUCGGAUAUGCCGAUGCCAUCGGCAAAGGAGCAAACACUGAUGUGGCAGCAAAACUCGUACCUCGGCGAUUCCGGCAUACACUCGGGCGCCGUGACCCAGGUGCCGUCCCUGAGCGGCAAGGACGACGACAUGGAGGAUGAUCCGCUGAUGUUCGACAUGGAUCAGGGCUUCUCGCAAAACUUUACACAGGAUCAGGUCGACGACAUGAACCAGCAGCUGAGCCAGACGCGCUCCCAGCGUGUGCGGGCCGCAAUGUUCCCGGAGACGCUCGAGGAGGGGAUCGAGAUCCCGUCGACACAGUUCGACCCGCAGCAGCCGACCGCGGUCCAACGGCUGGCGGAACCGUCCCAGAUGCUGAAGCACGCGGUUGUUAACCUGAUCAACUAUCAGGACGAUGCGGAUCUGGCCACCCGCGCCAUACCGGAGCUGAUCAAGCUGUUGAACGACGAGGACCAGGUGGUGGUGUCCCAGGCCGCCAUGAUGGUGCACCAGCUGUCCAAGAAGGAGGCGUCGCGUCACGCGAUCAUGAACAGCCCGCAGAUGGUGGCUGCCCUCGUCCGUGCGCUCUCCAACUCGAACGAUCUCGAGACGACGAAGGGCGCGGUCGGUACGCUGCACAACUUGUCGCAUCACAGACAAGGUCUGCUGGCAAUCUUCAAGUCCGGUGGCAUACCGGCGCUGGUAAAGCUACUGUCCUCGCCGGUCGAGUCAGUGCUGUUCUACGCGAUCACCACGCUGCACAACCUACUGCUGCAUCAGGAUGGCAGCAAGAUGGCGGUACGGUUGGCUGGCGGGCUGCAGAAGAUGGUCGCACUGUUGCAGCGCAACAACGUCAAAUUUCUCGCCAUCGUCACGGACUGUCUGCAGAUCCUGGCGUACGGUAACCAGGAGAGCAAGCUGAUCAUUCUCGCCUCGACUGGACCGAGCGAGCUGGUGCGCAUAAUGCGCUCGUACGACUACGAGAAGCUGCUGUGGACAACGUCCCGCGUGCUGAAGGUGCUGUCGGUCUGCUCGAGCAACAAGCCGGCCAUUGUGGAAGCCGGUGGCAUGCAGGCGUUGGCCAUGCAUCUGGGCAAUCCGUCGCAGCGCCUGGUGCAGAACUGUCUCUGGACGCUGCGCAAUCUGUCCGACGCGGCAACCAAGGUGGACGGGCUCGAGACGCUGCUGUCCGGUUUGGUGACCGUGCUCGGCUCGUCUGACGUUAACGUGGUCACCUGUGCCGCCGGCAUUCUCUCCAACCUGACGUGCAACAACCAGCGCAAUAAGGUGACGGUCUGUCAGGUGGGCGGCGUGGAAGCGCUCGUCGGCACGAUUAUUAACGCCGGUGACCGGGAGGAGAUUACCGAACCGGCCGUGUGUGCCCUGCGCCAUCUGACCUCGCGCCAUCCGGAGUCGGAAUCGGCACAGAACGUCGUGCGCAAUGGGUACGGGUUGCCGGUCAUUGUGAAGCUGCUCAAUCCACCGUCCCGCUGGCCGCUGAUCAAGGCCGUGAUCGGUUUGAUUCGCAACUUGGCGCUCUGUCCGGCCAAUGCGGCACCGUUGCGUGAACACGGUGCCAUCCAUCUGCUGGUGCGGCUGCUGUUUAAGGCGUUCCAGGAUACGCAGCGGCAACGUUCAUCGGUUGCUACGAACGGGUCGCAGCCACCGGGUGCCUACGCCGACGGCGUACGCAUGGAGGAAAUCGUCGAGGGUACAGUCGGCGCGCUGCACAUUCUCGCAAAGGAGGAAUACAAUCGACAGGUCAUACGUUCGCAGAACGUUAUUCCGAUCUUCGUACAGCUGCUGUUCUACAACGAUAUCGAAAAUAUUCAGCGUGUUGCUGCUGGGGUACUUUGCGAACUGGCCGUGGACAAGGAGGUGGCUGAGAUGAUCGAAGCUGAAGGAGCUACCGCACCGCUAACCGAGCUGCUCAACUCGGCCAACGAGGGCGUCGCCACGUACGCAGCCGCCGUGCUCUUCAAGAUGAGCGAGGACAAGUCGAUGGAUUACAAGAAGCGCUUCUCUAGCGAACUGACCACCCUGCCUGUGUUCCGCGACGAUAGCAUGUGGAAUAAUGGCGAGCUCGGUAUCGGACCGGACUUGCAGGACAUCCUGUCCCCCGAGCAAGCUUACGAGGGUCUGUAUGGACAAGGGCCCGCGAGUGUGCACAGCUCGCACGGUGGUCGUGCAUUCCAGCAAGGCUACGACACCCUUCCAAUAGACUCCAUGCAAGGGCUGGAGAUUGGCGGUGGAGGCGGUAGCAGCGUCAGUAACGGUGGACCGGGCGGCAACGGUAUGGGCGGCCAGCAGCAGCAGUCGGUCGGUGGCGGCGGACCCGGUUCGGUGGUGAUGGGUGGUGGCGCCAGCGGCAUGUCGUCAUCCGGCCAGCCGACCUCACCGUACGGCAUGGACAUGGAUGUCGGUGAGAUGGACGCGAGCGAGCUGACGUUCGACCAUCUGGACGUGAUGCCGUCCCCGCCGCAGGACAACAACCAGGUAGCCGCCUGGUACGACACCGAUCUCUAA